CUCAUCACCACCACAUCUAUCCACUCGAUUGCACUCCGCACAGCUCCUGCCCGACUCAAUCGUACUACAAGACAACAACAAUGUCCAGCCCAAAACAUCACCCCACGCCCUCAGGUCAAGCGCCCAAGCCAAAGGGCAUCCUCAAGAACCCGCUAGAGCGUCGUCCCUCCCAGCCAGGAGGAGCAGAAGACAUCGCCAGCAGCAGCGAAGGACUGUCCAUUGAUACGAGUAAUGCGCCUCAGGGACAGCACGUCGGCCCCAAUGGCUUGAGCUGGGACGAAUCGAACAUCGCGCUUCAUGACUUUGAAAAAGAGAGCACGCAGAGGAUGAAGAUUGAUGAACCAAAAACUCCUUUUGUUCAUGGCUCUGGUUUAAGUGAUGAUGAGGGUGGAUUCGAUUCCUUCGCUCUGGACAAUUCGCAAUCUCCUGGCCCUUCAAGCGCAGCCUCUGGCUCUAUCAGCACCGGCGGCCAGGAUGAUGCCGCCGCCGCAGAGCUCGCUGCCAACACCAACGCUAACGCCAGCCUUGGUGGUGGAGCAGCCCGUCGCCCCUCCGGAUCAGGCAACGCAGCUCCCGCUGUAGGUCUCGAUGCUGCAGACUUGGCCCAUUCCGGCACAACGCCUUCUGGCCCCAACCCCGACGGCAGUCUGAGCGCUACAUCUGCAGAGGGCGGUUCACGCUCCAACCGCACGCAAAGUCGUAGUCCUUCCUUCUCCCUCCCUUCCUCCGGCUCAUCAAGCCGCCGUGCAAGCUCGCGCUCGGCCGGGGGCGCGGACGACUCUCGCAGUGGUGUUAGGCGCGAGAACAUGGAUGUCGAUGGCGGCGCAGAGGAGGAAGCCGUUGUGGGUGUCGACGACGAGGUCGAAGAUGAGGAUGCGGAGACCAAGGCGCAGAGGGAGGCCUUCGCUAAGAAGAGGAAUGCCCAUUAUGGCAAUGAGGCGGAAGCGCUCAAAGUUGCGAAGGCUCUGGCAGCUAAGGAGGAUGAGGAGGACGAUGACGGGGAUCAGGCGAUGGGCAACAAUGGACCCAAUGGGGUAUGAUCCGCGCUCUGCCAUCGAUGAGCUCGUUGAGCUGCUCCCCGCUCUUGCCUACUGCCACCCAAUGAUGACCAUCUGUCCGUCCAGCUAUUCAAAUUGCCCUUGCACACCUAACCUCUGUCCAAGCUUCGCACAACUCCAAUCGAGCCAUGUUAUCCUAUCCUGACUGUCGUCUCGUCACAACUUGGA